AAGGAAUCACCAGAACUCAGCAAUUAGCCUCAGGCGAGAUUGAGAUUGAGAUUGAGAUAUGCCGUUUAAAGGGUUGAGAACCGUUUUCUACACUCCAAGCUCCAAGGACUCUUCAAUUACUUCUUCUUCUUCUUCCUCUUUAUCAUCCUACAACCGUUCUCCUAUGAGAAUCAGACCUUCCACUCCCAUUCACACAUUAUCGGAAUCCAUUAUAGAAGAGAACAUGGAACGAGCCAAAUCCAUCAUCACCAAGUGGGAUCCCAACUCCUCCACCUUCGGCAAAGUCACCUCCCUUUUCCACGAGAGCCGAGUCGAAGCCAAAGAAUUCCUCAAGUGCGUCAGGCAAUUGCAGCAAGCCAUGCAUUUCUAUGCUUCCCACAACUCCUCAUCUGACAAGCUCGUCCAAGCCCAGACCCUUAUGCAGGUCGCCAUGAAGCGUCUCGAGAAGGAGUUCUACCAGAUUCUCUCUUCCAAUCGAGACCACCUCGACCCCGAAUCCGUCUCCGCUCGAUCCAGCAUCUCUGAAGACGAAGAAGCUGGCCCAGAGGAUGAGAUCCAGCUUGCGGGCGAAUCCAUCUCCGAGGUCGAGCAAUUCUCUACCCUCGCCAUGUCCGACCUCAGCUCCAUCGCCGAUUGCAUGAUCUCCUUCGGCUACGGUAAAGAAUGCGUCAACAUCUACAAGAUCAUCAGAAAGUCAAUCGUCGAUGAAGCUCUCUACAAACUCGGAGUCGAGCAUCUCACCUCCUUGCAUAUCCAUAAGAUGGAUUGGGAGGUCCUAGAGACCAAGAUCAAGACCUGGCUCAACGCCGUCAAGAUCGCAAUGAAUUCCCUGUUCCACGGCGAAAGAAUCGUCUGUGAUCACGUUUUCUCCGCCUCCGACUUCAUCCGAGAAUCCUGUUUCUCAGACAUCACCAAAGAAGGAGCCGCACAUCUGUUUCAGUUCCCCGAAACUGUGGCAAAGUGCCACAAGUCACCGGAGAAGAUGUUCAGAAUGCUGGACCUCUAUAAUGCCAUCGCUGAACUCUGGUCAGAUAUCGAUUCCAUCUUCUCCUUCGACUCCACCUCUGUAGUCCGAUCUCAAGCUCUGAAUUCACUCAUGAGGCUUGGCGACACGGUUCGAUCUAUGCUAUCGGACUUCGAAUCUGCCAUUCAGAAGGAUUCAUCGAAAACCCCUAUCAACGGAGGGGCUCUUCAUCCUCUGACUCGAUACGUGAUGAAUUACCUGUGUUUCCUCGCCGAUUACAGCGGAAUCCUCUCCGAUAUUUUCGCCAAUUGUCCAUUACCGGAGAAUUCGUCAGUGCCAGAGUCUUACUUCGAAAGCCCUAACCCUAACGACAACCCAUUGUCGGGGUUAGCCACUAGGAUGGCUUGGAUCAUACUGGUGCUCCUCUGCAAGCUCGAUGGCAAGGCGGAGCUAUACAAAGACUCGGCCUUGGCGUAUCUCUUCCUCACCAAUAAUCUCGAGUACGUGGUUCAGAAGGUCCUAUCCUCCAAUCUGAGGUUUCUGCUGGAAGAUCAUUGGAUAUUGAAGCAGCAAUCGACGGUGAAACAGUACGCGGCGAGCUACGUGCAGCUGGGAUGGAACAAAGUACUAUCGGCAAUACCAGAAGAUCCGGCGGCCACGACGAUGAGUUUAGAGGAGGCGAAGCAGUGUUUCCACAACUUCAAUUCCGCGUUCGAGGAGACAUACAGAAUUCAGUCGUCGUGGGUCGUGACGGACAGAAAGCUUAGGGAAGAGAUUAAGGUGUCCAUCGCCAAGAAACUUGUGCCGGCGUACCGGGAUUUAUAUGGUACGUAUCGGGACAUGUUGAGAACAGAGAACGAUAUGGAGUCAGUUAUGAAAUUUGCUCCUGAUGAUCUGGGGAAUUACUUAUCGGAUCUGUUCUACGGAACCGGAGCAGCUUUGGGGAGUGUUUCGUCGUCGCCAUCUUCUUCUCCUGCGCAAUCACGUGGAAAGCACUCCAGACGUUGAUGAGACACGGAGAGAGAUUGUGUGGGCCAGAAGAGAGAGAGAGAGCAAU